ACCGAGUAGUGGGGCUGACGAUAUUGCAGAAAUGAUUCAUGUUUCCGCAGCCCUUCCGGAAGACUUAUAUAUAAGGAGAAGCCUAUUCCUCUUAUUCGCAGUGCAACCUCAAGGUACAGAAUCAAAUCCACAACUCAACAAUCAAUCACAAUGUCUGCUGCUGUCGCUGCUGUCUCAAACACCCUCGGUGCUGCCACCGGUGGUGCUAUCGGUAACAAGCUUCCUACUCGCAAGCUUGGCCGCAAUGGUCCACAUGUCACUGCCCUUGGAUGGGGUCUCAUGGGACUGAGCGCCUUCUACGGCCAGCCAAAGCCUGAUGCGGAACGAUUUGCAAUCCUCGAUGCGGCAUAUGCUAGAGGCGAAUUGUUCUGGGACUCUGCGGAUAUGUACGGCGACAAUGAGGACUUGCUUGGCAAGUGGUUCGAGUCAAACCCGGAGAAGCGCGAGAAAAUCUUCCUCGCGACCAAGUUCGCCAACAGGGUCGAUGACCAGGGCAACCGUAGCGUCGACAGCACUCCCGAAUAUGCGCGCGCUGCUUGUGAAAAGUCCCUUGCUCGGCUGAAGGUCAAGCAAAUUGAUCUCUACUACGCUCACCGUCUCGAUGGUGUGACUCCUGUAGAGAAGACCGUCACUGAGCUCAAGAAGCUGCAAGAUGAGGGCAAGAUCCGCUACAUCGGUCUAUCCGAGUGCAGCAGCGAAUCUCUGCGCCGUGCAAGCAAAGUUGUUCACAUCGAUGCUGUGCAAAUCGAAUACUCACCGUUCUCUUUGGACAUUGAGAACCCUCAAAUCGACCUGCUCAAGACUGCACGUGAGCUCGGCACCGCCAUUGUGGCUUACUCGCCCAUCGGUCGAGGUAUUCUCGGAGGCAAGCUUCGCAGCCGUGCCGACUUCGGAGAGGGUGACUUUCGUGCCUACGCUCCGCGAUUCUCUGAGGAGAACUUCCCAAAGAACUUGAAGCUCGUCGAUCAGAUUACCGAGCUUGCUGCCAAGAAGAAUGCCACUCCCUCUCAAUUGACAUUGGCAUGGCUGCUCGCUCAGGGUGAUGACAUCUUCCCGAUCCCGGGCACCACCAACAUUCAGCGUCUCGAGGAGAACCUUGCGGCGUUGAAGAUCAAGUUGUCGGCGGAAGAGGAUGCGGAGAUUCGCAAGGCGAGUGAGGCAGCUGAGCCAGCUGGUGCGCGAUACCCCGAGGCCUUUGCAAAGCACUGCUUUGUGGACACUCCUCCGUUGUAGUGAGCGAUCGGCAGAAUGAGAAGUCGGAAUAGCCAUACAUAAUGAAAUGUGUAACGAUCAAGUUGUGUAAUGCUUUCAGCCCCCAACACGAUAUAGGAGCCAUACACGGAGCAGCUUCAGACUGUACAUGACGAUGGAAACCGAGGUCCUCUUGUUAAGCAAAGACAACUCGACUGAUGGACUUGCUUGAGGAUCAUGAAGAAAAUGUGUGAGGAUAAUCUGAAGAUGUACAGUAGUGAAG